UGAACCUUCGUGCGCCAUGUCUUCUUCUUCCUCCUCCUCAUAUUCUUCCUCCGACUACUCCUCUUCCUCUUCGUCCUCGUCAUCGUCCUCUGACCAGGACUACAACCUCGAGGAUGACGCCGCCGGCGUCGACCUCGAGUUGACGGCGGAGGAAUUCGUCUCGGUGUUGCGUACGCACGACCAGGUCGACGCGGUGCGCAAGAAGUACGACAUCCCGAAGAACCUGUACACCGCCUGCCCCGCCGGCGACCUGCGCGCGAGCUCGUCCCCACCGCAUGGCGCCGUCUGCGUGUACGCGCACGCGCUGGAGGCCGGGAUGCGCCUCCCGCUGCACCCCUUCUUCGUCGACGUGCUCAACCACUUCAACCUCGCGCCGACGCAGCUCGCACCCAACGCUUGGCGCAUCAUAGUGGGCUUCCUUGUGCUCUGCCACUCCGCCCGCGUGCCGCCGUCCCUCGCGGUGUUCCGGCGUUUCUUCCUGCUCCACCACAAACACAAGAUAGCCUGGUACUUCUUCAAGACCAGGCGCGGCUCCCGCUUGCGCAUCACGGGGUUGCCGGAUUCCAUCAAGGGUUGGAAGAGCGGGUUCUUCUUCCUCCAUUCGACGACCCCAUGGCCUUGUCCGGUGGAGUGGGGCAAGCCGUCCAAGAGCUCUCUAGCGGACCCUGUGCUCUCCGCCGAAGAUAGGGAAACGGAGGCGAAGUUGCUGAGCGCUUACGGAGCCUCCCCCGUUGAUCUUAGAAAGUAUCUUUGCCGCAGCAAUCUCGCCGCCGCCAUGAUAUCUCCCUCGUCGGCACCGUCAACACCCCUGCCUCCGGCACAGCAGUCGUCAUCACCGGAGGCCCCGGCACCACAACCUUCAUCACUGCUGUUCCCGGCACUGCAGCCGUCGUCACCACAGCCCCCGGCGCCGUCAUCACCGGAGCACCCGGCACCACAGCCUUCAUCGCUGCUGUCCCCGGCACCGCAGCCGUCGUCGCCACAGGCCCCGGCGCCGUCAUCACCGGAGCACCCGGCACCACAGCCUUCAUCGCUGCUGUCCCCGGCACCGCAGCCGCGAACUUCUUAUACUCGUACUGCUACCAAAGGGAUGGAUCCUGCAGUCUACGUCAUGAUGAAAUCCAUGCUGGCGGCGAAGGCUACCGUGGCGCAAGCAUCAGCAUCGGCGAACAAGGUGAAAUCCGAGCCGGACAACUACACGACCGGGUCUUCGCCGUUGUGUGGGAAGAAGAGGAAUCUGGACGAAGCAUACGGCGACGACGGCCCGCUUUCCUAUGUGCUGCCAAACACUCCGCCGGCCUCCGGAGCUUCCUCCCUGCCUGGGGGGUUCUCCCGGAGCCGGAAGAUGCGGCAUAUUCCCAAAGGACAGGACGGCGACAGCACGGACUGGGAGGCCGCACGGGAGAGGUUGCAGGGCGUCGUCCAGCCGCAGCAGGAGCGCUUGUUCGCGGCGAACGAGCCCUCCGACAUCGUCAAGUCCACCUACGUCUCUAUUCUUCAGGCAGCGAAGUACGCAUCCUUCUCCUUGGCCUACGCGUUGGAGCUGGACUCGGAGGUCGCCGCACUGCGGACGCAGCUGCAGAAGUCAGAGGCCAAGCUCGCCGCGGCGGAGGCGGAGGUGGAGACGCUGAAGGCCGAGCUCACCGUGCGGCGGCGCGCGCAGGACGCGCUGGAUGGCUACGAGCACUGGCGGGGAACGAACGCGGGGCGGAGGACGUGAAGCGCGUCGCGCUCUCUGGGUCGAGGGAGGCCGCUUGACUACGUGAUCGAUUGAUCUUUUGGAGUUCUCGUGUUAUUUUGCAUGUUCUUAGGUUAUGCCUCCAGGAUUUGUUUGCUAGUAUUUGCAAAUCACAAGUGGAUAAUUUGUCGCCGCAGUGUUUUCACGAUUCCACUUUAUUCGGCAAACGGAGGCGCUAAAACUCAGUCGACUUAUUUUUAACAAAGUCUCAGUCGAGU